AUGUCGCACAGAUCAGUUGUACUCGCCUUCCUCGUGUUCAUUCAGCUCGGAAGCUGGUCGGCUGCGGAUGAAAUAGCUCCACAAGUUGAGGACCAGAGCGACCCAACGGCAUCCCGAAGGACCAGACUGUCGGCGCAGAACUCAGCUGAAAUCAUCAGGUGCCUGAACAAUGCUCUCCACGUGGGCUGCGGAGCAUUUGUGUGCCUGGAGAAUUCGACCUGCGACACUGACGGCAUGUAUGAUAUAUGCAGGUCCUUUCUGUACAGUGCUGCUAAAUUUGACACUCAGGGAAAAGCCUUCGUCAAGGACAGCUUAAAGUGCAUUGUCAACGGGAUCACAUCCAAGGCCUUCUUAACCAUUCGCCGAUGCUCCGCCUUUCAAAAAAUGAUUGCUGACAUUCAGGAGGACUGCUACAGGAAGCUGGACAUCUGCACAAUGGCAAAACGUAACACCGUGGCAAUAGCAGAAGUGAUUCAGCUCCCCACACGCUUGAAGAACAGGUAUUACAACAAGCUACUGAAGAGCCUUCUGGAGUGUGACGAGGAAACCGUGAACAGCAUAAGGGAGAAUAUGAUGGCAGGGCUGGGCUCCCACCUCUCGGGUUUCAUCCACCUGCUGCAGAGUGACCGCUGCCUGCCCUCACCCCACCGGGGCAGCUUCAACAGCCGCUCUUCCACCGAGCACCGAAAGCUCCGUGUCUUCCUGAGGAACCUCGGCAGUAAUGAGGCUCCCCCUCAACUGGUCAGGAAGCCAGCCUCCGGCGAGAACGAGUGACAGCCGGAGGUGGGUGGGGGGGGGAAUGGAACAGGAGGCCUGUACCUGCCUGCAGAACCCAGGUGUCCCCAGUGUAACUCUCGAAACCUGUAGGUGAUCAUAUCGUGGCAGCUGACAGGAAACACGCGCCCGGCUUUAGCACAGAGCUAACUGGCAAACUGUGAGCGGUGAGGCUGAAGCGAACGCAGACGUCUCCGGAGAACACAAACCAAUUUGGCUUGGGUUCAGUCCCAAUAAAACUUUCCUGGCCAUAGCAGCCCUCUACUCGAGCUGCUAAACUCCCUCAGCCCAAUAGAACCAAGGAUCAAGCAUCACUUGAGUUUUAUGAAUUAAUGACCAUUCUUGACACAAACCAAGCUAUCUGUAAUCACAGGAUAUUCCCCAGUCUGGUGCUGUGAAAUGGUUGUUUUCAGAUUUUUUCAUAGUAAGUUGUUACCUCAGACAGAAGAAUGUCACAUUAAGCAAUAGCAACAACAAUUCAUUUUGGGUUCCAGUAUAGGCUACAAGGCUUCCCCAAGGUGACAGGAUGUAGCAAUGUAACAUUAAGAUCCUGUUCAGCGAAAAUCUCCCUGAAGGCUUUGUAACGUUCUC